AUGCCCUGCUUGCUCUCUCUGCUGUGCCUCCUGGGUGCCUUGGCUGUCCUGGUAGAGGGGGUCACUGUGCAGGAUGGAGACCUGUCCUUUCCUCUAGAGUCAGUGAAACAGCUGAAGGACCUCCAGGAGGCACCGGAGCCCCUGCUGGUGAAUCACAAGAAGUUUGCCAGGCUUGCUGUGCCUGUGGCACCACAACUGUGCAGCCAUGCUGCAUUUCCAGAAGCGCUGAAGCCCCUCUGCAAGAAACCCAACGCAGAGGAGAUCCUGAAGAAGCUGCAGGCCAUCGCUCAGGACCCAAACACAUGUGAGAUCUGUGCCUAUGCCGCUUGCACUGGAUGCUAGGAUGGCAUCGUCGGUCUUCUCAGCCUGCAUGGGAGCAGGGGGUGCUGACAAACUCCCGCCCCCAGCAUCUCACCCUACCUUGCCCAGGGCAGGGAGGGAGGCUGGGGAGACAGUCACCUGGAGAAGUCCUACCUGGGGGCUGUGCUAACCCUCAGCCAAUAAACCAGACUCCAGUACUCCGUGCAUUUCGCCUUCAUUUCUUCCCUCCACAUCAGUCUAGCAGUCCUGCAGCGCUGUGGACACUCACCUGCCCUCAGAAAGUUGGGGUUCAGUAUGCAAAGUAGAAGGCUCCACUUCCUUGCUGAGUUCUUCACCACACAAUGAUACAGGGGGACCACCCAAGAGGGUGAAACCUUGACUUUUCUUACAUAUCUCCCCUGCGGUCACCAAGCCGCUAAGUCACGUGUGAGGACAGGAAUCUGAGCUGGUUUGGGUGUCCCAUACUCACCGCGUUUGACCCACCACUCAGGAUCUGGCUCCCUCUGACCAACGCGGCUGCCUUCUGCCCUUCCUGUGAUCCCGUUCACAGCAGCACCUCCAGCCCUCUUCCCGCACGCCUAGCUAGGUUACCAGCCCAGGUUCCAUGGCUGCUUCCCCCAUGGCCUUUC